AGAGGGAGAGAAGGAAAGAAGGUGGGAAGGAGCCGGGGAGAGAGGGGCUGAUUUUCCCUCCGUCUGCAGGGCUUUCGAAAGUGGCUCCGUCUCCUCUGGGCUUCAUGCCCUGCCGUUUGGGGAUUGGUCGGUGGGGUUUGGAAACGCCGCCUCCUCCUCCCCACAUCCCAGCUUUAUGCCCGAGGCAGGCAGAGGGACAAGGGGAAUGAGUUUCGGCUCAGUCGGCUGCCCCAUCGCGGAGACUUAGGGGACGAGGGCCCUCCAAGUCCCCUUUCUUCUCUGAGCGUUGCUCUUCCUCGGAGGGGAAAACCCACAUGCCAACUUCGAAGACAAGCCAAGGAAGGCGGGGGAUUUCCAGUCUCACGGAAAGCAUGUCUUAUGGCAGGAAUCCAGGAUCAAGGCAUCUGACCUGAGUUUCCCACUGUGGCUCUUGUGACCUGCUGCCCCAUCUGUUAGCCAGCUCCCACACUGGUAAGAGGUAAAACAAGAGAGAGAAAAGAAAGGAAGAGAGAGAGAGAGGAACAGGCGGAAGAAGAGUCCGUGGGAUUAACAUUAAUCCUCCAGCUUUGCUCACUUCCAGCCAGACAAGAACAGCUACCGGUUUAGCAACAGACUCCUUGGUCACUCCUUUAACCUCUACGCAGGAGGCAGACUGGGAUUCCCAUCUACACUCAUCCUUUCUGCUUCUCUGGGAGGCCAGACAGGGCAGGAAACAAAUCGGCUUGGUGGCUUCUUGAAAGCAGAAGAGAAAAGCUACCAAGGAGCUAAGUCCCACCCUCUGCAGGAAACCCAGAGGUUCCUUGACAGGUCAGUCUUGAUCCUUUUAUAGUAGCCCAGAAGAUAAGGGGCUGAAGAGAAGGACCACCAAUGGGGGGAUCCAGAAUCACCUCCACUCACUGACCUAUAUAUACACAGAGAGACAAAUCUGGACUGGAGGCUCCCAUUUCAGAAGGACACUGUGGAAUUUAUGAGACAAGGGUUUCUGCAAAGAAGCCAGGAGAUGAGUCUUGGGAAGCUACCAGUGAUAGGAUGGGUGUCAGGUUCCCACAGCAAGCGCCGCCUCAAAACAGAGCUCACACCGGACAUGAUCAGCCCCCCUCUGGGGGACUUCCGCCACACCAUGCAUGUGGGCCGUGGCGGGGAUGCCUUUGGGGACACUUCCUUCCUGAGGAAUCAUGGUGGCGAGGAUGCCAAGCCCAACAACUUCUUUGCCCGCACACUGCGACAUGUGCGGAGGAGCCCGCUAAGGAACCGAGGUAGCCGAAACAAGGAUGAGGACUCUCCGAUGCCUCCUGCCAUCUCACCCAUCAUCAAGAAUGCUGUGUCGUUGCCACAGCUCAAUGAGGGGGCCUACCAGAACGAUGGGCUUGGGGUAAAGUUUGCCUUCAAGAGCACCCCCAACAGCUUUUCUGACUAUGGACUGGAAUCUGGAUUCUGCACCAUCCCCCGUGUCCCUCGCUCAGAGAAGAAUCAGGAGAGCUCCCACCUCACCGAGUCAACACUGACACGUUCAGACUCCCUUCUGUCUUUCCGUCUUGACCUUGGACCCUCUCUCAUGAGUGAACUUCUUCAUGUCAUCAGUUCCACAAGUGUCAGCAACCAAGCCGACAGAGAGGAUGAGGAAAGACGGGGGAGCCAAACGUCAGUCAGCAGUGAUGCUAUCUCACCUCUUCCCCUGAAGAGCACCUGGGCAGAAGACUCUGUGUCUUGGAGAUCAGGGUCUCUGCGUGCUAACUGUGAAGAAAGCAGAGCUGGAUCAAGUUUGUGGGGCCAGUCUGGAGCCAGUUCACCGUUGGGCCAUUCAUUGUGUACCAAUGGAGAUUCUCAAUCCGUAGAGCUUUCUCAGGAAGGAUCUCCCUGUUCUAGGGGGAAGAGCUCUGAACUGGGAGCGAUGCCAAAAGAGACCUCUUGGCAAGGACAACUUAAUGACUGCAACAUGGAAGAAAGAGAGUUCAACAAGGCAGCACAGGUUUUAGCUUGUCAUUAUGGCACAGGAAGCACCUAUAAGGUUGGCCAACAAAAGCAAGAAGAGCCAAGGAGCCAAGCGUCAUGGGAAAGCCCAGAUACCAACACAAGGCGCUUCAAGGGAGGGGUACCAGAGUGGCAGGAGCACAAGGCUGGAUGGCACCAGAGAGAAGAGGAAGAGGAAGAAGAGGAGGAGGAAUUCUAUAGACAUGGGGCAACUGUUGCUAGAGAAGGGUUUAGUGAUUCUUUUGGCUAUGUUGAUGAGGAAGAAGAUGAUGAAGUUAAGGUCUGAAAAACUAUAUAUGCCCUUAUGUAACCACCCAGCACACUCCCAGGAGAUGUCAAUGUUAAAGGGAACAAUGCAGCUUGCAAGCUGAAAUUCUGAUGAGAGUGU